AGUGAUUAGUUUUCCGUGUUAGGUAGUAACUAGUUACCAAUUUUACGGGAUUUAAUCACAAUUAUAUUGUAACACUGCUAUAUUUUAUGCAAAACUCAAAAUGAAUGAAGACGAAAUCAAAAUUAUAAGCGGUAACAACUACACGGAGAUCGCUCAAAUUUUAGAGAAUUUUAUAAAGAUUAAUGAUAACGUAUUUAUAUUUCCCUUUUUACUGGAAAACAACAGACGAGUCUCUCUAUGGGCCGCAUUAUUCCAGCAUCUACAGUCAGAGUCUUCAGGGUCCAUUCAUAUUGUGUGUUUAAGUACUAUCAAGUUGUUGAGCCGAGAUAAAACUGAACUCGAAAACUUGAUCUGUGAGAAAUGGAUAAUAACAUUAAUUGAAAAAGCUGGUCUGUUUAAUUUUGUGGAUCCAGAAGAUUCUUUGGAUGUUGAUAUGCCAGUAAAGGAGGUAGUUGUGGAGGCCUUGAAAUGUCUUUGCAAUAUAACGUUCAACAGUAACGAGGCACGUGGAUUGUGUGCAUACACAAUUAUUGCACAGGGGCUGGUUGCAAGAUUACGCUCGUACAAGGAAAUAGCUUUCAAAGAUGAUAUAAUGCUCUAUGACAUGAAGCUGUUGUUUAUAUUGACAGCACUAAGACAAGAUAUAAAGGCUAAAAUAAAAGAUGAAUUGCAUGGGAUGGAUUAUUUGAUUAGUUGUCUCAAUGAACUUGUUUUGGAGUCCUCUGAAUCUCAAUGUGAAGUUGCUGGGAGUAGGGAAGUUAUUGAAGAUGCUCACUGCUGCUUCCUACAGGAUAACCAGCAAGCUAUAGCAUGUGAGAUACUUAAAACCCAGUUCAACUUGACCCUCCAACAUUCUGAGGAACCAGUUAGCGAGGCAGAGGAGAGCAUGUAUCUCAAACUGAUGCCCGUGCUCACAGCCCUGUUGUAUGCACAAACUUCCACACAGGAUUCACUAAUGGACCUCCACAGCAAUAUCGCUAAUCUAUUAACUGGAGUACCACCAAUGUUUUACCAGUAUCUGACUCCAGAGCUGAACGAUGGAGAAACAGCACUGUGCACAUAUGCUGGUAGAAACAUGGAUGCUUUGCAAGCCCUGCUUCAGUUGCUAUUAUAUAGGCUCUCAAUAACUACAUCAGCUUUAUUACAGAGCACAAAGAACCAGUACACAAAUCUGUCUCCGGUACUCAUAGUGCUGAUCAAGAGCGCCCGCGGUUGCAGACCGCAGCGCAAAUAUCUCAGGCAGGUGGUGUUGCCUCCCCUGAGAGAUGUGUCUAGACCCCCGGAAGAAGGCAACACUCUCCGCAACCAACUGUGCAGGUUGCUUACCACUCCAGUAACAUCUGUGAGGGACUUGGUCGCUGAGUUCCUGUUCAUCCUUUGCAAGGAGAAAGUUGGUCGCAUGGUGAAGUACACGGGCUUCGGUAACGCAGCUGGUCACCUGGCUCAGAAGGGGCUCAUGGGCGGAGCGCGCGGGCCCGUGCAGUACUCCUCCAGCAGCGAGGAUUCCGACACCGAGGAGUAUCUCGAAGCGCAACCUCGUAUAGACCCGGUAGUGGGGUGCACGAGACCGCCGCGCGUUAACCCGUUCGAGGGCAUGUCUGAGGAACAGAAGGAAUUCGAGGCCAUGAAGUUGGUGAACCUGUUGGAUAAAAUGCUGACUGAAGGUGUGGUGAGGCCGGCGCGCAUCGGUGCUGACGGUCGUCCCGUGGCCAUCGAUCACGUGCUAGACAUGCGCGAACACCCACCGAAUCGACCACAGUCCUAAACCCCCACUUACAUAUUGCCACACGUUGUACAUCGAUGUCAUAAACCGAUUUAAAAAAAAAACUGCGGGCUCGACCAACAAUGUCACUUCGCUUAUAAGAUUUGUACAAUCGCAAUCGUGAAGUCGUUUCCGAGUAUCGUGAAAUUGUAACGUCAAAACAAAAUGGACUUAAUUUUAUUUGUAUCAGAGUCGCAUUCUGAAAUCCUGUUUUUUAUUUGACUAGAGCGCUUGCUACGGAAGUGUGAAACCAUUGGAACCAUUUUACUCUGACGUAACAAAGUGAUGAUAGUCGAAAGAAUAAUCGAUUACGAGCGUACAAAUCUUAUAUUAAAUUCUUACUUUUAUCUACAUUUUUAUGUGACCGUAAUUCUUCAUUGAUUUAUAUAAUGUAAAUAAUUUGAUGGCUGUGCUGUGCUUUUUGUAUAUUUCUUUGAUGGGGUAAACGGGCAAAACAGUUUGGCGUUAUAUUAUAAAUUCCGCGGAAGCAAAUAUCACUGCAAAAUUUUGCCAAUAUCGGUAUAACUGGGAAAGGCACGUUUUAAAAAUAUUGCUAUUUUUUUAAAACCCCGGAUAAAUUACCCUGUUACUUUUCCGGGAUAAACAGUAUCCUAUAUAUCGGGAAGAAAAAUAUGUGCCAAAUUCCAUAAAGCUCGGCACAGUAGUAGUGGUAAACGGAACAUAGGUAACAACGAAACAAACAGAUACACUUUCGAAUUUGUAAUGCACAUGUUUUUAAAAAAUGGUAAGAAACUGAAAAAGCCCAGUGUUACAAAUAUAAGUAGCCUUAUUAAUAAAAAUGACAUUACGUCGGAAUAGUAAUGCAGUGUUUUUUGUUUAUUUAAUGCUUGUGCACCAUUGCUCUAAGAUUAAUACAUACUUUUUGUUACACUUUCACUUAAAGUAAAGUCAAAGAGUUAAACAGUGUUAAAUGAUUCCGACGCUAUGCCACGCUUAUUUGUUAGGCCAAUGAAGUUCCAUAGUUCUUCUGCACGCCGAGGUGUUUAACCUUCAAAUCCCUCUGACCCAAGUAUAUAAGGCCAGAUGUAUGUAAAAACUCAUAUUCCGGGAUCUGGGAGAAAACAUCCUUCUUUGAUAUUAUUGGUGAAAACUACCCGAUCUAUAAUCGAAAGCAAAUGUGUUUUUAAUACAGGGAUAUGAAAUUUGUUUAUUUACUCUACUCAUAUAAGGUUUUAAAUAUUUUGUUAUUUACACAGUACCCAUUUUUCCAUCUAAUGAAUGUAAUCGACGUAAGUUUUAACUAGCAUUAGAGCAGCACCCCUAGUUUAAGAUCUGCACGAUCGCAAUCAAAUAUUCGUUUUCGUGUAUCAGAAAACUAUCGUCGAAGCAAAAUUGACCUAAAUUCCUUUGUUUUAAGUUGCACAUUUCGUUCUACCGUUCAUAUUUGACAUACAUUCCGCUAAGAGAUCUGACUGUGGAAAAUUGAACGUACUCGUAAGCUUUAAACAAAAUGAACCGUUAAAGUUUUAAUGCAAGGGAACUAGGUCUAUUUUAAGCUGAUGCCAAAGUCUUUCGAUACUCGUAAAAGAACUCUGCCAUUGCAAUCGUGGGUAUACCCUUUAAUAAGGGUACCGAUGUUUCAACGAGUUAACCGUAUACACAAAAUGUCUAUGACACAAAAAUCUACCAAAGACAAUGCUGCUAAUUCGGCGGUACACAAAAUCUCAAUUCAUUUUUGUAUUUUUGUUUUAUUCCACUACAAGUUAGCCUUUCACUGCGAUCUUACCUGGUGGUAAGUGAUGAUGCAGACUAAGAUGGUAGCGGGCUAACCUGUUAAGGAGUAUGGUAGACACCUAAUCUCUUUAAAUUGAACUAAAACAUAUGUGCCGCGUUUGGUUCGAGGGAAAAGAUGCCAAUAUGUCAAAGGCGCUACAUUACCAUGGCAACUUAAUGGUAUUACACUGAACCACAGAUUAUUAUUAUUAACACUGGAUUGGUUGUCCAUAAACAUAGCGCCGAAUGUCAUACUCACGAGUGUUUCUGGAACUAAUAAUUUAUUUAUUUAUUAAUUUUAUUUAUAUAAUUUAUUUGUACAGAACAAAAAUAAACUUAAAAAGUAGGAUACAAAGGACGGCCUUUAGUAGCGAUCUCUUCCAGGCAUAUUAAUCGUAUUUAGGAAUAUUAAUUUUCAGUUUCACCUUCGGGGGGCCGAGUUUGAAUCCCAGCAAGCACCUCUAACUUUUCUUAGUUAUGUGCGUUUUAUGUUAUUAUAACAUCACUUGCUUCAACAUUGAAAAACACAUCUAGAGGAAACCUUUAUGCCUGUGAGUUUCCAUAAUGUUCUCAAAAGCGUGUGAAGUCCACCAAUCUGCACUGGGCCAGCGUGGUGGACUACGGCCUAAACCCUUCUCAUUGUGGGAAACCCGUGCCCUGUAGUGGGACGGUAACGGGUUGAUAGGACGAUGAAGAUGAUGAAUUCUAAUUUUAAUUCCUGGAACUCUCUUAUAACAGUCACACAAACAGCGCUAUAAUGACGUCAAUAAAUUCUAUACAUAAACAAAACAAGAUGACAGCAGCCUGUCCUGUGGUAAUAAUAUAGGUCAGUGUUCAGGGUCAAUGUAAUGCACAAAUGCAACGAUGUUCACAAUUGAAAGUUAGCAUAAAAGCAUUGAUAAUCGAGUCAUCAGAGUUAUUUUAGCUUUUCUUCUGCAUUUGGAUAAAAGGCGCGCGGGCGUUUUCCGAUCUUUUCCAUCAAUUUAGAUUACAUAUUUGUGUACACCCGAAUUACUAUCAUUAUAAUAUGAAGGAUGGCCACUAAGGCCAUUCCAGAGGCAAUAAAGUUUUAAAAUACAUUUUAAAUAAUUACGAAAGCUAAUAAUUAUCAAGACUUAACAUGGUAGGUUGUAUUGUUGAACAGUGAGACGUUAUUAUCUCUAGAGUCCUAACUUCCAAGAGCUUUCGAAGCCAGUUAGGUUUCUGUCACAUUAAAAAGCCGUCAUCACGUUAUUAUUUACCGUGUAAUCUUGGUUGCCAAAAGAGAUGACGCCACAAUAACUAAUUCUGAGUUGCCAAAUGAAGUAACAGAAGGCAAAAUAAGGAAUAUAAGCUUGCGGAUCAAAUUCCAAGAUAUACAAUCAGAUAAAUGCGUGAGGUGUAAUUUUUAUCAAAUUUAUAUACUUACCACAUAUUUGAUGGCAAAUAUUCAUAGAUUUUUUAGCAGUUAUAUCGUCGGGAUACGGAGUGAAAUAGAGUCAAUAUUAUUAUACUGUAAUGUAACAAGAGUAUAAUAUGUGUGUAUCUAUGCGUUUUUAAGGUCUAGUCUUUGUGAGGUUAGGUUAGUUUAUUAACGCCAAUAGUAUGAAAUAUAUUCGUCUAGAAGUAGUAACAUCUCACUGGUUUUAAAUCUUUUGAAUUAAAGGUUAGAUAUAGUACAUAUUAUAGAUUCACGGUAAUUAAGAAAUAAGUCGUAUUUAAAGUUUUAAUCGGUGUUAUCUGCCUAAAAAUGAUUAGUCCCAAUGUCAAUGCAAAGCAAAACAGUGGAGCGUCGUAAGUUAAAACACUAAGUAAUAUGACAGUAUGUCUGUGUUCAGCAGUGGGACCAUUAAAUAGAAUUGAGAAUAAUUAUGUUAAAACCAAAACACGCGUGAAUAAAGACGAAGUAUUUCUUAAUUAUUAUAUUUAAUGUGAAUACCAUUCACGAUAGUUCUAAUUCAAAAAUAAAUUCACAAUUUCUAAAUUUUCAUGUAGUUUAGUGUUGCCGUUCGGUAUUAGUAUUUUUCUGCACAUUUUUAUAGAGUAAACCAAAGUUUCGAAUUACCCAUAUGUAGUUGUAAAUGACCUAGUCAUACGUACAUUUCUGUUAUAAUGCGCUUUUAAUGAAUUCAUGAAUAUACUUUUGUUGUAUACAGAUUAAAACAAAGUUACAGAAAUAUAGCAAGAGGAUAGAUCCUUGAGGGCAGAAUUUGUCGGCCUUAUCGUUACAUAGCCAUCUCAUCCAGCAAUCAACGGCGUUUACUUACACUUCCGUAACAGCUUGUGCAAGUAUAAAGAAAACUUGCUUUUAUUUCUCGCGACUUUGUUCGCGUAUUUCUAACUCGUCAAAUAUUUACAUAUACAGAAUUUCUUUCACCUAUUCUUCUAUUAAAGGGUUAUUUAAAAAUUUAUUAUGGAAAUUUUCGGAGGACAUUAAUAGAACAACAGGUUUGAAUGAUUCAUAAAAUAUGAAACGAAAAUUAGUGAGUCCAAUUCUCAGCGGAUAACAUCCUAAAAGGACCUUCUAAAUUUGUAAAAAAAAAAUAUGUUCUAAUCUUUAAAACAACAUGGAACUCAUGAAAUCUGCCAACCGCCCUC